UUUACCAACUGAUGAGAGAGAGAGCAGAUACUCGUGGUGCAAAAAAUGCUCACCGCGUAUCCAUAGAAGGGUUAGAAGAUAGUUUUGGUUCAAAUUCCACCUUCAGUUUUCUGGUUGCUGAGGUGAAAAGCAGCUUGGUUGGCUAUGUCCUUCACUAUUAUUGCUACUCCUGGGAAGGACGCACUAUCUGUGUGGAGGACUUGUAUGUUAGACAGACUGAAGACUGCGGAAAUGUUGCUCAGGCAUUAUGGAGAAGCUUGGUUAAGAUUGCCCUAGAAGAAGGAUGUAAACAGUUCAACUUUCCUCCUUUAAGAGAAAAUGAAUAUGAGUUUUAUCAUCACAAAGCAAUAAAUAUGACUAAAACUAAUGGAUAUCAGUACUUCAGGAUGGAACAAGAAGCUAUGGAGAAAUUUGUUAAGAUGAACAAGAUACCAGAGGGAAUUAAGGUAAGAGAAGCAACUUCAGCAGACUGUACUGGCAUUAAUCAAUUGAUAAAGGACUUAGCUAUGUAUGAAAAUGUGCCGGACAAACCGCAGAUUGAUGCAAAAGCACUAGAAGAUGAUGGUUUUGGAGACAAGGUGUUCUAUAAAUGUUUUGUAGCAGAAAGUGAAGAUCACCUAAUAGGACAUACACUCUUUUUCCAUACAUAUAACUGGAUGGGUCGAGGUGUGUAUAUGGAAGAUCUUUAUGUGGCACCUUCAUACCGUGGGAAAGGUAUUGGUACAGCACUGUGGAAGCAAGUGUUAGAGGCUUGUCUAGCUGUUCAGGGAAUCAGAUGUGACUUCUGUGUACUUUGGCUGGAAUAA